AGCACAAAAACAUUUUUGGAUGAAACCCCUCAACUCAAUGAUAAAUAACUGCAAUUAAUAAAAGUGACAUUUGAGAACGUUCCAUUUCACUAAAGGUGCUCUCCACUGAAUUAUGUAACAACACUUGACUACAUAAUAAAUAGUGUGCAUGUAAUCUACAUGUAUGCCCUACAUUUUACAAUCACAGGAAUUUUAAAGGAUGUAAUAAAUCUCAAGUGUUUAUUAGACAGAUAGGUGUAUAGAACACGUGAGAUUAUUAUUGAAAUAUACAAUCAAUAUACUUAUAGUCACAUACAACAACUGCUGAGGACAUUAAGAUACUCAAGAAUACCUCUAUUAUUACAAUGUAUAUUUUUGAUGAGAAUAAUCUGGCGAUAUGCGCCAUCGUGACUGUUGGAAUGCAGCUUGUGUUCUUCCUUGUCGCCGCUGGAUUUAAGUUCGAUAAAGUGACGGACUUUGCGGGAGGAACCAACUUUGUGGUCCUAGCUCUACUGACAUUCUUUUUAGCCCAGACAUGGAAUGUUCGUCAGAUCUAUGUGACAGCAUUUAUUGUUGUCUGGGGCCUCCGUUUGUCAGGGUACCUCCUGUAUAGAAUUAUAAAAAUCGGGGAAGACAAGAGAUUCGAUGAUAAACGUACUGAUUGCCUGAGAUUUGCAGGAUUCUGGACUUUUCAGGCAUUUUGGGUGUUCACUGUGAGCCUUCCAGUGAUAUUCGUCAAUGCACCAUCCAGCGCGUCAAAACCAAAUGCCAAUAUUUGGACACCAAUGGAUAUAGUAGGCAUCGUCAUGUUCGUGAUCGGACUUGCUGUGGAAACAGUCGCUGAUAUGCAAAAGUUCAACUUUAGAAAUAACCCUGACAACAAAGGCAAAUGGUGUGAUGUGGGUCUUUGGAAAGUGUCAAGGCAUCCCAAUUAUUAUGGUGAGCUUACACUGUGGUGGGGCAUGUUCAUCAUAAGUACAUCAAUACUGACUGGCCCCCAGUGGACAGCUGUGCUUGGGCCUUUGUUUAUAACAGCAAUUCUACUGUUCCUUAGUGGAAUUCCUAUGCUUGAGAAGAGCUCUGAUGAAAGAUAUAGCAAAAACCCUGAUUAUCUCGAGUAUAAACAAGCGACUAGUCCUUUAAUACCACUACCACCAUCCUUAUACAAGAAGCUGAACUAUGGACUGAAGUGUUUUGUCUGUUGUGAAUUCCCCUUGUACAAUUACCUGAACAAAACAGGGGAUGUGGAAACAGGCACAAGUGAAAUAGGUGGCAGCACUGGUGGAGAUGAAAAUGAGGCUAACGGUGCCACAACACAACCGAAGCCCAAUGGUAACCAAGCAAAUGAAAGAACAAGAAUUAUAACACCAGAAAAAAUUUAA